AUGCAAGAAAGGCCGACAACCGUCGCCGCCUACGCGGCCGGAGCCUCGCUCGCAGCGGUUGCACUAUUCUACGUUUUCGGUCCCAACUACACGAUCGACUCCGACGAGUCAAACGAUAACCGCAAGAAAAGCAUUGUCGGCCUGUCCAACCUCGCCAAUGACUGCUUCAUCAAUUCGGUACUCCAGGCCUUAGCCGGCUUAGGAGACCUGCGAGUCUACCUGAUUCGGGCAUUGCACAGACGCGAGCUGGACGGGCCGGAGGUUUACCAUGCAGUGCCGAACGAGAGCGAGCUGCCGAAGGGACAGCGGCCAGACAAACUCCGGGAAUUACAACAGGGGAUUAUAACACGGGCGUUGAAGGAGAUGCUGGAUCGCUUGAAUGAGCGGCCUAUCUACAAGAAGACAAUUUCGGCGCGUGGGUUUAUCCAGGCGCUAGAGUUCGCGUUUCGGACGCGUAUUAGCCGGAACCAGCAGGAUGCGCAGGAAUUUCUCCAAAUUGUGCUGGAGAGGCUCUGCGAUGAGCAUCAUGCUGGCGUUCAAGCUCGGAAGCGCUGGUUGAACUUCCUGGGGGAUUCUACUGUGCAAGGCACUGAAGACUCUGCCUCCGCAAACGGUGUUCCUGAAAAUUCUUCGGAGGUUGAGGUUCGCGUCGAUGACGGCUCGCCUGGCGGGCUGCCUGCGAUAAUUGAUACCAAACUGAAGGAGAUUGAUAAGGAAUUGGGGUUUCCAUUCGAAGGAACCCUGGAAUCGCAAAUUGAAUGCCAGUUCUGCCAUUACCAAUACAAGCCCAACAAGACGGCGUUUGUCAACAUUACGCUGCAAGUGCCGCAAAAAAGCUCCACAACCUUAAGUUCAUGCUUUGAUGGGCUGCUCAAAACCGAAUAUAUCGACGAUUUCCGAUGCGACCGGUGUCGGCUACAACAUGCGCUGGAUACGAAGAUCUAUGAAAGAACUACGAUUGCACGUUCACGCGACGAGCAAGACCUGUUGGAGCAAGAGAUCUCGCGCAUCCAGGAGGCGCUGGAGACUGAUCCAGAGAAAGAACUCGAAGGGCUUCGAUUGCCACCAUCGGAUCUAGCACCGAAGCGGCGAAUUGCACGGCACAUGCGAAUCACUACAUUCCCCAAGGUCAUCGCAAUUCACCUCUCCAGGUCCAUCUUCGAUCGAAGCAGCUCGACUAAAAAUGCUGCGAAGGUCUCUUUCCCUGAGCGAUUGCCCCUAGGCGGUAUCUUGAAUCAAACCUGGUUCAAGCUGCUGGCUAUUGUCUGCCACAAGGGCAGCCACCACAGUGGCCACUAUGAGUCCUUCAGGCGAAACCACAUAUAUCCCCCCGUUCUCGACUCCAGAGGUAUUCAGUUCAGUCGUGUCACAAGCGAGGUCCCCUCAGAAGCACCAAGCCCUCGUCUUGCACCCUCCAACGGGCUCGACCACGAUCCAGCCAGAAGCAGUAAUCUGUCAACCGCGACAUCAUCCACCUCGCUCGCCGGCGCGUCCCAAACUCCCUCCCAGCUUUCUCCCCAACCAGCGCGUCCCACUACCUCCAGCUCACGCCGUUCCUUCCAGAGUACUCUCUCGCGCUCGUCUACCCCUCAGCCGACCGGAUGCGAUAGUCCAACCACUGACCCCCGACCGAGCAUGUCAUCCGCGACUCGUUCUCUUCGAACAACCCCCCGGGCAUCGACGGCAGAGAGCGCGGCUGCACUUGGGUCGCGGCUCCGAAGACGUAAGAAGCCGGUUGACCGCUGGUGGCGGAUCUCAGAUGAGAAGAUCAAAGAGUGCAAAACUUCGGAUGUGUUGGGCAUGCAGAAGGAGGUGUAUCUUCUGUUCUACGAGAUGGAGCGACCCGACUCGAAGUCUGAAACUUUCUGA